AUGGGACCUCAGCGUUUGAGACCUGUGCAGCUACUCUGCCUCCUCGGGGCCAUCUCCGCUCUGCCCUGGGCUGGGGCUCUUUUGUGCUAUGAAGCAACAUCCUCACGCUUCAGAGCUGUUACUUUCCGUGACUGGAAAUGGUUACUGCUGCGGAACACGGUGUGCAGGCUGAGUGAGGGCUGCGAGGAGACGCUGGUGCUCAUUGAGACAGGGAACAAAAGAGGAGUCGUGGGUUUUAAAGGCUGCAGCCUAUCGCUGUCUUACUCCCCACGUGUCUCCUACCUUGUUUCACCGCCUGGAUUGUCCAUUGCCUCCUAUAGCCGUGUCUGCCGGGCAUAUCUCUGCAAUGAUCUCACCAACUUGGAUCCUUUUGUGAAACUCCAGAGCACUCCCAAGCCGACAACAUUUUCUUCCCUUAGUUGCCCAACCUGCGUGGGUGGGCACUCUACGGAUUGCCUCCCAAAUUUUGUCACCACAGAUUCUUGCCCCGACAAUGCCCAUGUGUGUUACAGUUCCACCAUGACAUUUCAGGCAGGGUUUCUCAAUGCCACCUUCCUCCUCAUGGGCUGUGCUCGUGAACAUCACAGACUGUUAGCAGAUUUUCACCGUAUUGGGACCAUCAGAGUGACUGAGGUCCUCAACAUCGUACAGAAGGCCCAGAUGGCUGGUGCAGAGCCCUCCAUUCGGGGUCCUGAUUGGGCCAUCCUCUCAGGCCUCCUGCUUGCCUUUAGGGAUGGGUGA